UUUAAAAACAAACUCAUUUUCGUAAUUUUGUUGAAAUUCAUCGUACCAAACUGCUAUCAGUUUUAUAUCAGAAUUGAAACAUCUAAGAAUCCCAGCAGUUUGUAUAGGAUGAAUAUGAUACGGAAUGAUCGAGGCUACGGAUAAAUACGAAUCUUAUUAUUCAAAAAUAAUCUAUCAAUCGGAGGUUAUUGCGAUGUAUGCGGUUAUCUUAGCAGUUAUGUAAAUGACUCGACUACACAUAAAACCACUUGCUGAAGCAUGCGGAGAAUUACUGGCACCCAAACAGACAGAGACUUUUCCUAGAUACCAAAAACCGUUUGUAGACUAUCUUAGAGUCAAAUGCAAAGCAGGGCACGGAGGAGCGCCUGUUGCCAAUGUUAACCGUUCUAGGCGAUUAUGCGGUCCUGGAUACGGGGGACAUGGAGGAAAUAUUGUUCUUAGACCAACACACCUUGUGGAAAGCCUUCUCCACAUAGAUGACAUUGUGAAAGCUAACAAUGGCGGUGAUGCUAUGGGUACAAGUAGAGGGAAGCAUGCUAAGCAUUGCGCCAUACACGUACCGCUAGGAGUCAUCGUAAGGAAACGCGUAAAGACAGAGGAGGGCUACAGAAAUGUGUUUUGGCACCAAUUCCUAAAUCAGGAUCGUGAUCUAUUGGUUGCCCGUGGAGGAAGAGGCGGUUUAGGACCCUCCUGCUUCAAAAAGCAUGAUCACCGGCUACCGGAGAUUGGGGAGACCACUAAUAUAGAAUUGGAACUCAGACUAAUAAAUGACGUAGCAUUUAUUGGCGAACCAAAUGUCGGCAAAACUAGUCUUAUAAGCGCAUUAACAACAUAUAUGACCCGGAUAGGGCCUGAAGAAGGAUCAACAACCAGGCCACACAUCGCAGUAAUGAGGUUUGUCGACGGCCUUGACAUCAGAUUAAUGGAUUUGCCGCCCAUUUGUAAAGAAAAUGGGAUACCUUUGAACAGGAUAAUGCGACAUAUAUAUCGUAGCAAAAUUAUCGCAUAUGUAGUUACCGCUGUUGGCGAUGAAAAUAUCUACUGUACCUUGGAGAGACUCAGAAAUUGCAUAAGAAAAUCCCCCAUGUAUAACAGUAACAAAUUAGAGCUGGUUAUAGUUAAUAAGUGCGAUAUGAUUCACAAGCAUGCACUAUAUAAUCUUGACAAACUGUACUACAAACUUGCUAAUGACGGCGACCAAAUCACUUUGGUUGGGGUCUCUGCAACACAUAAACUAGGGCUACAACGACUAGCAAACACAUUAAGGGAACUGUUAUAUCCUACGCAAAUCCAACAUAUGCCAAGAGAAAGAGUUACAGCACAUGUCAUCACACUACUCAAUGGUGCUGAAGACAGUGACACGAAUCGUUUGAUAUAAAGUUCCGUUUGAUGGAUAUUGAAUGUUGGUAAUCACU